AUGGCAGGGGGAGUGACCGACUGCUCAACCGGUGGCUGGGCGGCCGUCAACGCGUCAGCGUUUUCAGCGGAGCUGGCGGAGAACGGACAGCGCAAAUUUGGGGGCCCCCCACCGGGCUGGGAGGGCCCCCCCCCGCAGCGAGGCUGCGAAGUCUUCCUGGGGAAGCUGCCUCGGGACCUCUUCGAGGACGAACUCGUGCCGGUGUGCCAGAAGAUAGGAACGAUUUACGAGAUGCGGAUGAUGAUGAACUUCAACGGAGACAACCGCGGCUUCGCCUUCGUCACGUUCACCAGCAGGCAGGAGGCACAGGAAGCCAUCCGACAGCUCAACAACUACGAGAUCAGGUUGGAUGUGUCUCACCUCGACGGCUCUCCCAUCGAGGUGACGCUGGCCAAGCCGGUGGACCGCGACAGCUACGUCCGCUACACACGUGGAGCAGGCAGCCGCAGCUCCGUGCUACAGCAGGCCCAGGCCGAUUGCUUUGGAUUCUACAGCGUCGGGGGAGGUGCUGUUGGGGGCGGGGCCCUGGGGGUGUUCGACUCCUCCCCCACAGGAGGCCCCUCCCCCUACCUGGGCCCGGGGUCACGUGGGGGUCGCGUGGAGCCACGCGUCUUUGACCUCCUGCCCGGCAUGGAGCUGACCCCAACGAAUCCUGCGUCAGUGCGGGUGCAAGGGGCGGCUCGGAGUCCCACGCAGCUACUAGAGGAGCUCUGCCAGACUAACAGCUGGGGACAGCCGAUCUACCAGCUGCACUCUGCUGUGUCUCCAGACCAGCGACAACUUUUCCUCUACAAAGUCGCUAUCCCAGCACUCGCAAGCCAGCUGGCACACACGCACCCGUUCCAGCCCAGCAAGUUGUGUGUCUCUGUGGAGGAGGCAAAGCUGCUGGCGGCAGACCACGUGGUGCAGGCGCUGUGCAUGCCGGGAGGGAGCGGGGGCCACGCCCCUCCGGGGGAGGCCGACCACGUGGUGCAGGCGCUGUGCAUGCCGGGAGGCAGCGGUGGUCAUGCUCCCCCCGGGGAGGCCCCGGGAAGCUUCGCGGGUAUGUGAGGUCGGUACGCACAGAGGUACACACACAGACAGAUACACACACACAUAGAUACAUACACACAGAUGCAUACACGUACACAUAGAUACAUACACAUACACACACAUACAUAUACAUACAC